UUUAAAAUUAAACCUUUGUUGAAACUACAAUACCUGGAUGCAUAAAUGAAUCUCCAUAGACAUAUAAAACCUUGCAAAAUUAUGCUACAGAGGUUGUUCUAACAACCGAGGUUCAUUAGAUCAGAUUAAGCCAGAAAUACAGGCAGUUCUCCUAUUGAGAUGGAACGAGACUGCCACAAACAUCAUGCUGGGAACUUUCUGUCACUGGAGGUGGACGAUCUGCCACAAACAUCAUGCUGGGAACUUUCUGUCACUGGAGCUGAACUACAACUUGCCUCGAGACUGCUCUCGUUUUGGCGGUUUUGAUGUCGCAUCAGUACAGUGCUGUGGUGGACUCGUGAAGUGAGCGGUAACUUGAUGGUGAGAACAACGAACUCAAAAAAGUGUCUUUCCCAGGAUUUUUCAAACGGAGACCUAACCGCGCUGUCAUGGCAUUCACAAAGUCACCAAAGGUGGCCAAAGUCUGGAGGCCUUUUAACUUUUCUGCAUUUCUUUUACGCAAAAACUCUGACAUGACCCCCUCAGCCGAGCAAGACCUACAACAUAUGCAGGCAGGUCUUGGUAAAAGAACACUCUUAAUGGGUGAUGACAUGGCUCACUCAGAGGUCUCCACCUUAUUUGAAAGUGCCUUUCCUAAAUUGAAAACAAUCACAGGAGGCUGGCUCUUGUACAAAGCAGCUGGUGGAAAUGGACGAAGGCAUCUAUCUGUAGUACCCCCUGAAUCUGAGGGAUACACAGGAAGUACCAUCAGAAGCGCGUCUGGAGGUGGGAAAACCAUGUUGUACAUUGUCCCGUUACAGGAGGAAUUUGAUCUAGUACCUCUUGCCUGUGAUGCCCAGGAGUUUUCCCUCAUGCCCAAAGCUGAAUGCAAGAAUUGCUUUAAAGUUAUGCCACUGCAGCUUCUUGCUCUCCAUGUAAAACAAUGCGAUGUCCUGGAAUGUGACUCAGAUUCAGAACCAGGGCCAACACAAGGACAGUGCCCUGUAUGCCAAAUGGAAUAUCCAGUUGUGGAAUUGGAACAACAUGCAAGUUCCUGUGGGGAGCUGGAAAUUAACUCGAGAAGAGCUGCAGACCAUGAUGGCAAUUGCAACAUGUCAAGUGAAGCAAUGCAUUCUUUUCAAAGUUCAGAGGAUGUCUUGGACUGGAUCAGUUACCAGGUGGAUGAAGGCAGCACAUUUCCCCUUUGUGUGAGAAGUGACCUCUUUAAUAGAGGAAUGCAACAGUGGCAACGGCAGUAAAGGCAGACUGAAGGUUACUUUUUUGGGGGAAUCCGGCAUUGACACAGGUGCCCUGAGUAAAGACUUUCUAACAGAGAUGGUUGCAGGGAUCGAAAAAAAACUUUUCACGGACAGCUCUGACAAUAAGGGGAAAAAUCCCCUUUACUGUCUUAACAGCCUGGAUAACAACUACUGUACUUCAGGACUGCAGGAGAAGUUAUGGCGGCUAGCAUGGCACAAGGUGGACCUCUCCCCAACUGUAUGCGUGAAUGGUGCUAUCGAUACCUCUGCUCUGGUGAUUCAGACAGCAUACAGGUGUCAACCAGUGAUGUCACAGAUUUGGAAUUGUCACAGCUUAUAACUGAGGUAAUGUAAAUUAAGUUUAUGAACUCUGAUUCACCUUAUUCACACUUAUUAUAAAUCUUGGGAUUCGCGUCGGGGCCGUUUUACAACCUUGACCGUGCAUUAACUUCUGUGAACAGACCACCGUGUCGUCCAUUAUCCCUUACUUGUUAGUUCGUACCUAUUAAAGUUUAGUGCUAGAAAUAUAGUGUUAUUAUAUAUAGUGUUAACUUAUGUGCCAUCUCUUUUGUGAAACAAAGUCAACGCUAAAUUCAUCCAGGAUAACCAAAAAAUCCCAGUUUAAAAUACCUUAUCCAGGUUUUGUGAAAUCCCCCUCUGGAACUUGCAAUCUACUUCCUUGCUGGAGCGCUGGUGAAUACAGGCCAAGGUCCAUAGUGUGAAACUGACUAGUGAACUGACUUGCGACUUUGCAUAGAAAUAUUAUAUUCUUGUACAAAUUUCCUUCUUUAGUCAAUUAUAUUGCACUGAGGACACUAUAUUGAUUGUACACUGAUCUGAGUGAUGAGGUUCCACAGCAUCUGACUGUUGGCAAAAUCAUGCAGUGGAUGACCGGACAAGCGCAUAAGCCCCUUCUGCCAAGCGAGAAGAAGGACUUCAACAUAUAUGUGAAAUUCCACCAUGAUUGUGACGAGUCAUACAAUUUGUUUUCCAACUGUUAGUGCCUGUAGCCGCACAAUAACAUUUCCAGUUGCUCACCUGACAACAUUUGAUGAGUUUAAAAACGUAAUGAAACUUGCUCUAUCCUAUGGGCAAUCCUUCUACAGAGUGUGAGCCAUUUCACUGUUCUUGUUCAGCACUUGGUUCUGUUACUUUGGUUAGUAUCUGAUUCUAGUAGGAAUUCAAAAACAUGAAAAUGGCUCUGGGUGAUGUGGAAGUAUACUUUGUCAGUCUGUUUGUCUGUGUUAUACAGUGUGUGUUGUUUUUCGGUGUCAACUUUUAAAGUAAAUGAGCUGUAAACAUUUUUGUUUCAAUAAAAUGUUAUGAAUAGUG